AUGGAAGUGUACGAAAUACAACUGCACAGCAAACAGCGUGGUUGCAGCCACUUCCCACGAAGCACUCAACAGUUGCAGAUGAUGGCAACCGAAGCAAAAGCCUCAGUGCUCAAUUUGCAGUGUCAAUGUGCUGCUGCUGGCGAUGGAUUUGACGAGGAUGAGAUUACUUAUCCAGAGAAAGGGAAAGGGAGGUUAAUAGACUUGCGAUACAAUCUCGACGGCAAAUGCAAUCCGAAUACAGGGAUCGCGAACGACAAGCGAAUACCGAAGCCAUGCAAAUCCAACACGAAACAAAUCCUAACUACAGACGGGAUGAAAGAGAAACAAACAAAACGAGAAUCAACGUCGGUUAAAUGUGGAAGCAAUGAGAUGCCGAAGACAUGCAGACGAAGAGUACCGGGAGCAAGAAAGACUUACGAAGUUAGAAGCAAUGAAAUACCGAAGCGACAAAGACGAAGAAUACCGGAAAAACGAAAGACUUGCGAGUGCUGA